GACUCAGCUCAGGCGAGUAGCCGGCUUGAUGCAACGAGAGUCGUUUUCUGGUCUGCCCUUGUUCCAGGUGAGAUGGCCUUCACCCACUCCUAGAAACACACCCCUCGUUUCUGACACCCCUUGUUUAUAUCAAGGCCAAGGCUCUCAUGUGAUCUUGAGCCUAAAGGAUGGAGUCCCCUUUUAAUGCUGGGGGCCACAGUACGAGGCAGCCUGGCUUCUCCACGAUAAUUACCCUGUUUGUCCCCUGGCUCUAUAGCUGUGGAAACCAAGGCUGCCUCCACGGUCCUGUGGCCAGUCUGGAAGCCCCUGGCCCAGCAUCCUCUCUAUCUUACUAUGCAGAAGACUCACCUGGCAGAUGCUUAAAAAUACAACUUCUGAGCAUUAUCCCCUGAGAUCCUGACUCACCUUAGGUCUCUGGAGGGAGGGGUUCAGAAAUCUGCAUAAGACACAGAUUUAAAUCCCAGGUGUUCUCUCUGCAGGUGCUCACUGGCCCAAACUUGGGGAGACUUGCACUCCAAGACCAGCGCUGCCCUGUUUCCAACAUGGAUAUUUGUUUUGCUCUUGGAAGACCAGUGUCAAAGGAAUUCCUCCUGGGUGUGAUUAAGCACUUUGUAGAUUGCAUGGGAGCAAUUAUUAUCAGAAUGAAAUUUUACUAAAAUGGGAGCAAUGAUAUUCAAGUCAAGUGACCUGGGGUGUACACCAGGUGAACUUCGGUUUUCUUGUGAGUUAACAACAGCCCUGGGAUGUGCUGCAUGCAGGGUCAGUGGAUGGGGAGGGAGGGGUCUCGAGCAUCCCAGUGGCUCUCUGCAUUGCUGGCCCUGCAAUCAACUGGAAGCUUUAAAGAGGUUCGAGAUGGGGGAGGGACACAUGUAUACCUGUGGCUGAUUUAUGUCAAUGUAUAGCAAAACCCACCACAAUAUUGUAAAAUAAUUAGCCUCCAAUUGUAAUAAAUAAAUUAAUUUAAAAUAAACAAAUAAAAAAGCAUCAACGCCUGGGCUCCAACCCCAAGGAUUCUAAAUUGUUGGAGAAGAGGCCUGAGCACUGGGGGUUUUAUAAGCACCCAGGUGAUUCUGUGUAUCCUGGACUGAAAACCACUGAAGAGGAUCCCAUGCUUCAGAGAAGAGGUUCAAGCAGAGCCUGGCUCGCACUGGCCAUCUGGAGAAAGGUAGCCAUGAUGUUUAUUAUUAUCAUUGGCUGUGCUGCGCAGCAUUUGAGAUCCUAGUUCUCCAACCAGGGGUCAGUCCUGUUCCCCCUGCAGUGGGCAUGUGGAGGCUUAACCACUGGACUACCCGGAGCUACCCUGUUUCCGCCAUGGAUAUUUAUUUUUCUCUUGGAAGGCUAGUUCUGGUUCUUUUACUUUGUUUUGUUCUUUUAUAUUUUCUUGGCCUCGUCACAUGGCAUGUGGGAUCUUUGCUCCUCAACCAGAGAUCAAACCCUGACCCCCUUCAGUGGAAGAAUGGAGUCUUGACCACUGGUUCGACAGGGAAGUCCAGCGUUUUGAUUUUUUUAAAGGAUGAUUUUCAAGAUCACGCUCCUCUCCAUUUCUUCUUAUUCACCUAACUCUUGUCAUCUUUUGAAUUUGCAACUUGCCACAUAUCUUUACUUUUCAUUUUUAUUUUAUAUUGGAGUGUAGUUGAUUUACAGUGUUAACAUGUAUCUUUCAAAUGUUAACACCCGUGAGCUGAUGGAGAUUGCCAUGAAAAUAAGAAAACAAAGGAAAAACCAAGAAAGACAAACUGUCCCUCUUCCCAUGUCUAAUAGCAAGGAUGCAAGGAGUCUUGGGUGUUAAGACCUCAUGCACGGGUCCUCCAAUCAAAAGUCCAGCUGGAGGAGAGCAUUCCAGUAGCUAAGUGAAUGAAUGUGAAUCCUGCUCUAAAGAAAAAGCCACUGCACUUUCUUAUCCCAUCUUAGGAGAAGAGAAUAAUCUGCUCUCAUCAAACACAGGCCCUCCCCUAUUUGGAAAGACCAGCCACCCCACGGCUCAGUCCACGGUUUUCCAUGAGCUCCCUGCGUCACCUGCAUCAGGCUGCCAGGAACGUUGGCUAAAAUGCAGAUGCCUGCGCCCCACCCACAGACCCGCAGAUUUGGGGCCUGGGAAACCUGCAAGUGUAACAUUCCAGGUGAUCCUCGGGUCUUGGCCGUUCACAAGCUGCUGCGGUCAGUGCUGAGCACAGUUACGCCUUCAGGCCCCCAAAGUGAAGAUCCUGCAGGCAGCGUGGGGCGAGCAGGUCCCUGGGUUAUUUUGGGUGCCUUGCAGUGUAUGCAAGGGUUCAUCUAAAGUGCCUGGAAAAGUCAACACAGAGGCUCAGAACCCCGCGAGCAUCCCCCGGUGCUGGACGCGCGCAGUCUUCCGUAUGGUUUUCUGCAGUACUUCAGGCACACGUGUGAUAAAAUCAAAAUGAGGGCAGUCUUCUUCCUGGUCUCGACCUGGGUAGAUGCUUUAUUAAAGAUCACAGCACAGUGCUUGGACACACUGGUGAUUGACUGUUCAGGACGUAGAUCUGCUGAUUAGGAAGCAUGCAGCCCCUUGAUCGUUAUCCUGGACAAGAACUCGUGUUCAAGUACCUGGGCACUGAAACGCCAUAAAACUGCAUCUGUUUUGGCCCAACCCCCCACCCCCAUCCCAUUCUGUUAUGUGCUGUCGUUACUGUGUUAGUCUGGGCAGUUGUCAAGCCUGGGCGUUUGAUUUCCGUUCAUUUUGGUUUCUGGACCUUGAUCCUGUGAUGCCGAACCUGGGCGAGUGACUGAGUUCCAGUCUAGACCAGCAGAGAUGGGGGACUCUGUUGGGGAGUCGGGGGCUGAGGUCAGGAGUGGGGGUGCUGUUUGGAAUCGCGUGUGCUGAUCCCAUGGAGGAGCCUGGACUCACCCCCCACGCACACCUGUGCCCCCAAGUCCCAGCCGUCCUCCAGAAGGCAUCUUCCCUCUUCUGUGAAGCUGUGAGCCUGGGACUCUGGCAUCUCAGAAUACAAAAAUGAUUUCAUCCAUAGUCAUUUCACAGCUGAUUGAUGAGAAUAAAUCAAAAGAAAAUGGGGCCGCGCUGCCUGUGCCGUGUGCACAUCCCAUGAAGCCGUCUCUGGCUAAUCGCAGCAGGGUCACCAUUAACAGGGCCUUCGAGUUCCUUCCUGGAGGACUGGGAGUUCAGACCCCGGUGGGGGAGCCAGGACUCGAGACCAAGCCACCGCCCAAGGAGGAGAAGCCGUGCAGUGGUUCCCAGAAGGGCUUUGCAUCCAUCACCAUCACAGCCAGGCGUGUGGGUCCCCCUGCUAGCACCCUGGUGUGGGAGGCUCUUGGGGACCCACUCUGUGUCAAGUGCAGGUCCCGGGAUGCUCUGCUUGGGGACCCCUCUGCUCUGGCUGGCGGUGCUGAUCCAACUCAGCACCAUGGACCUUUCACCUGCACAGAGUUCUCCAGAAACAGCUGUGUGAUGGGGUUGAAGGUCCCCAAGGCCCAUGCACAGCUAUGUGAGGGACAUGGGUACUGGAUCACCAACGUGGACCACAGGGAGGAUCAGUUUUCUCCAGGCACCUCGCGGUCACGGGCAGGAAAGAGCCCACUGGUGUUCAGCUCGUGUGUCCAUCUCAGGGUGUCCCAGUCGUGUCCCAAUCCCAUCUACUAUCUGGACAGGUCCGUCUCGGUCCCUGUGGAGCCACCUCAGCUUGCUGGCCCUAAGAUGCACAGAUCCGUCCUGUCCCUCAACCUGAGCUGCAGUUCACACAGGCUGACACCAGAUGGAGUAGAUGACACAGAGAACCGAGAGCCUGGAAGCGGAGCCCUGAAGCCCGAGCUCCGGGAGGGAGACCAGGACCUCCUUGGCCCACGCUGGAACCUGGGUUUGCAAGGAAGUUUCUUGAAGGAAAACCCAUCGUUGGGGCAGAUGGAUUUCGGGAAUUUGGAGGCUGGCAGGUGUCCUUGGAGAGGCUCUCCUCCUUUGGAAAAUGCAGAGGCGGGAACUAACCAGAUCACCAUGAGAAAACGGAAGGAGGACCAGGUGACUCGUUGGCCCACCCGUGGUCACAAUCAGGCCAACCAACUGUCCAUUCACAUCCCAGGCUGGAGUUACACAGCAGUAGAACCAAACGUAUUUUCUGGAAGCAGCGAGAAGCAACAAGAAGGAGCACGUGAGAUUGUGUCUGCUCCCCCAGUGGAAUGGAAGCUGGUUAGAGACCCCCUUCCUGAUGGUUCUAGCUCUCCAAGCAACAGCUCUCAGUCUAGUGACCUCUCUGAACCCGCAGAGAGUCAGCAGCAGCGCCUCCCAAAACCCAAGGUCCCUUUUCCAGGGUUCCUUUGCCCCUUCCAAGAUCUGUGUGCAUCUCCGCAGGAAGAACACAGUGUUCAGAUAGAAAGAGAGGCCCCGGAAGGGGAUUACACGUGCUGUGAUUUGGUUGUUAAAAUAAAGGAAUGCGAGGAGAGUGAGCACCCCGCCAACCCCAAGUCCAAGCCAGCACCUGCCGAGCCAGCGCCCCCGGAGGACCCAGAGACCCACGUCCUGCCAGAAGACUGUUCCGAGAGCCAGCAAGGGCCCGAAAGCUCCCUGACCUUGCAGGAGGCCCUGGAAAUUCGCAAGCCUCAGUUCAUUUCUCGCUCGCAAGAACGUCUGAAGAAGCUGGAGCACAUGGUCCAGCAGAGAAAAGCCCAGGGGAAGGAGACCCUGGCUCCAAAGCAGAGUCUCCUUCCUGUCCGCGCCCACAAGAAGCAGGUCACCAUCCCCCACCCUCUCAGCGAUUGCAAAACUGGUCUCAGGGUGAGAGGGCUGACUCCAGUUUGUCUGCAUCAACAUUCGUCAUCGCAAAACCCCUUUCCUGCUGCAAGCUCAGCGUCGGGCUGGACCGCUUUGGGAGCCCUGGGAGGUGGGUGUCACAUGGACCCUGUGAGGGUGGUGCUCCUGGAUUCCCUGGAGAAGGCGUUAUCGGGAACCUUCUCCGGGCCAGACCCCACGCAGGGAACCGGGGAGAGCUUGGUGAGCAAGGCUGGCCUCCGUCCUUUUGUUCGUGGAGCUUAUAAACAGACUAUUAAACCAGAAAGAAUAACAAGAAGAGACAAGGGCAAGAAUGGGGACAUGGGAGCAUAUUCUGAUGGCCUGCCAACCCAAAUCUUAAAAUCUGGAGGCCUGGGGAAACCUCUGUUUUAUUUCUUUGGAUAGAGGAACAAGAUCUUCCUAGCAAAAUGUUCUGGGCCCCAGGAGGUGAAAUCAUUGGUCUGAUUCUGAAUAAAAGUCCUCUGGGGAAAUAACCGUAGUCAAUAAAAUGCAGCUUAGCAAAUAUUACCAGGAUCUUACAGAGUGGCUGGGGGACAGCAGGCAUUGGAAUAGGAUUACUGUUAAACACAGGCAGGCUGAGUCCUCCUCCGCCCACACCCGCCCCCCCAACCCAGAGCUCUUCUGG